GUGCGCCGCGCGCUUUUCGCGCGCCUCCCUUCAUCGUCGCGACGCCGCGCCAUUUCUGCGCACGUGGGCGACGACGGCUGAGCGAGGGCGCCUGGCCCGCUCGCCAUUAACGCAGCCGUCGUGAAUGAACGCCGACCUCGACCGGGUGGCUGUCCAUUGAACAGGGCUCGCAGCCGACGACCGGCCGGCGCUCCGGGGGCGGCAGCACGCCCUCACCGCGAUCACGCCUCAGUCGAGGAUGUGGCGUUGACGACGACUCUCUCUCACUGCGAAAUCUGUGUUCAUUUACCUGUAGAUUCUGACUAAGUGAUUAUCGUGCCGCAUAUUCGUAGUUUCCUAAAUGUUCUGUGAUUGCGUCAAUUUCAUUAGGACGUAGGUAGAGAUAAUAUAUUAGUGAAGUGUCGUGCGAGUUGAUGCCGGCAAGUGUCGGUGGUGAGUGAGUGCGCGCGAGUGCAUGUUGUGUUGUGAGGCAAGCGGGGAUGCGCGCGUGCGAUGCUCUCGGUGAUCGCGAUGCGUCGGCCCGAGGACGAGGAGCUGGGGCGCGGCGACGGCGACGAGUUCGUGGACAUCUCACAGAUGCAGCUGCUGGUGGAGGCGGGCCCGAGCGGGCUGCACUACGGCGGGCCCGCGCCGCCGCUGGCGCAGCCGCAGCCCUACGCGCACCCCCCGCACCCCGCGACCGUCACCUCCACUUCCUCCGUCGAUGAUCUCUUCGCGAUAUACUUCACUCCGGCGCAGCAUGGUAGCCUACCAGGCGAUGAGUUGUCACUGGGUUGCUCCCCGCGACGCCACAAGCAUGAGGCGUCGCUGUCGCCCGGCGCGCGCGCCGAGGACGCCAGCAACGCGUCCAGCGCCAGCGCCUCGCUGUACGGGCCCGCGCAGCCGCCCGCCGGCAAGCACGCGCCGUCGCCGCCGCUGCAGUGGCUGCUGCCGCCCGGCCCCGGCCCCGGCGACAAGUACUACCAGGAGUACGAGGAGCGCGUCGACCUUCUCCCGCCGCCCGAGUGCCAGCCCUCCUACUGCGCGCCCCCGCAGCCCUCCUGCCCCGGGCCGUGCGAGUACCGCGCGCCACCGCAGCACUGGGAGCAGGAGUACCAGCCCGCGCCGCAGCCCGCGCCCGGCCCCUCCGGCCUGCCCAAGCGCGAGCCCUACCCGGCACCGCCCUCCGACCGGCCCGUGCAGCUCGCCGAGUACAAUCCGUCCACGAGCAAGGGCCACGAGAUCCUGUCGCAGGUCUACCAGCAGAGCGCGCAGCCGCUGCGGCUGGUCGCGGUCAAGCCGCGCAAGUACCCCAACCGGCCGAGCAAGACGCCGGUGCACGAGCGGCCGUACGCCUGCCCCGUGGACGGCUGCGACCGACGCUUCUCGCGGUCCGACGAGCUGACGAGGCACAUCAGGAUACACACGGGCCAGAAGCCGUUCCAGUGCCGCAUCUGCAUGCGCUCGUUCAGCCGGUCGGACCACCUGACGACACACGUGCGCACGCACACGGGCGAGAAGCCCUUCGCCUGCGACGUCUGCGGGCGCAAGUUCGCGCGCUCGGACGAGAAGAAGCGGCACGCCAAGGUGCACCUGAAGCAGCGGCUGAAGCGCGAGCGCGGCGGCGCGCAUGACCACCCGCCGCACCUCUAGCAGGCGGCGCCCGGCUCCGCGUCCCCACAUUCCAGUGACAGUGAGCCCUCCACCUCCGAAUCAGUGGACAACUGAACUUUUACUUUCACGUUGAAGUUAUGAAAUAAUUUCAUCGCCUAGCCGUAAGAGUUGUCUUUAACGAAGCUUUAUUAACUCUACAUAUGUAAAUUCAUUGAAAUUUAUAUAUCUUUUUAUACAUAAUAUUUGUAAGUAAUAUGAUAGAUGAUCAGCUCGAUGUAUUUAUUUUUAAUUUAGAUAGGCUAAUUGAAUGAAAUCGACUGGGAACAAGGUACGAAGCGAUGUGGCCUAAAGUGUCCUAGUAGCGCUUCUCGCGACCGAUGGGUACUCGGACUCGCCCGGGCGAGGCUGGAACAUAUCUUCUGUAGGUCUGCCGACAAGUUUGUAGCUUAACUGAACUUGUCUCUUACAGUGCAUGCUAGUCGAUGCACGCGUCAAAACUAUACCAUGAGAAAGUGAUACGUAAUGAGCCUAUCCACAGGUACGACCAAGGUUAGAAAAAGUUUACCUACUAGCCUCACACAAAUAUUAUAAAAUUGACAAAAUUCCAUUACAGGUGUAAAUUGUCCUACGUUUAAGAUAGGAGUAAUGUUAUGUGUCAAAGAAAUGAGGUGGUGAACCUUCUCUGACCGCGACUACCUAACUUAAGUAUUGUAUGUUUAAUAUUCUUGUACUUGACGAAACUAACGUGAAACUGUGCCAUUAAUUUAACUUUACAACGUGCCACUGCACUUAUUGUUUAAUACUAAGUGUAACACGACUGCUGAAUACGUGAUAAAUAUUAUUUUAUUUUAUAUUUUCUAGUCGAAGAUAUGGGCAUGAUAAUGUCGUCUACAAUAUCUUACGCUGUUUUUUACAUAUGUAUAUUUGGUACCUUUUUCUAUUUCUCGCGGUGCAUUAGAGAGCUGCUGUCGAGUCUUCUCUUGCUCAAAGAUUUGUUUAACAACAUUUUGCUCAAUCCGCUUCUUCUGUAGGUAACAGACCUUCUCACUAACCACCCUAAUAACUAUUCUUUCUUCUGCACUUCACCUGUUCAAUCUCGCUAUAUUGUUUUACGAAUUUCGCUAAAUAUUUCGGGUUAUCUUCAGUGUUUUCCCAGUGGCAUAUAUGUUUUUAAUGUUCGUAUUAUAGACUAAUCUAGUGAAGAGGGUAAUGUUAGCGUUAAAAUUAUGAUCUCUUAAUCAAUAUUAAUUAAUUUCAAAUACAGCGAGUGCUCCUUAUUUAUAAUACUCAUAGGUUUUUGUAUAAGUAGUUAACAUAACGUGUAGAUAGGUUAUUUGUACAAUGUAGGCUUCAGUAACUGUGAUUAUGUUGAUUGUUACGAACAGUUUCUUCCGUGCAAUGUGACAUCUGCAGUUCGUUUCUCGAGUCAUAGCUGUAACUGCAUUAUUAGAUUUCAUUUAUAGUACAAAAUUAAGCACAAAUAGCUUUUAGAAAUCGUAUAACGUGAGAACGAGAGUUUAUGAAAUUGCCUUCAAUACCAUAUACCUACUGUUAAAAAUCACUAGUUAUUAUUAUAAAGUUAUAAUUGUUGUGUUAGCCAUGGCGCGUCUAUUAGACUAAAAAGAACAUAAAUCAAGGUAGUGCAAUUAUACCUACUGAAGAACUGACAAUAAUAUUACUAAUUCUUGAGCCUAAACAGUUUUGAAAAGCGAGUAAAUUAAAUUUUCACGCAAAAGAAAAGAUAGUUCCGAAUUGCCAAGUAGUCCAUUGUCGAGCGGGCAGCCGCGCCCGCGCCCCUACGACCGCAGACGCGAGCGGUGAUGAAAUGAUAUACAAGAGAGGUGUUCGAGUUAUAUCUAACGUUUUUACUGUUGUAGGCGAGACGACGUCUCCGAUAGAGAAGGCUAGAGUAGAUAGGUUUUAAUAAAGUGUAAUCUGUUAGUGAAAUGAGUGACAAUUGAAACGGAGAAGACUAAAUUCUUACACGUUUUACGUAAUGUUGCAUCGCGUUAAAGUUAUUCAUAUACGGUGUAUGUAUGAAAUAAGACAUGUGACCCAGUGACAUAACGCGCACUCGGAGCACCGGUUACGACUACGUCCUAAUACAUGCCUACACGUUGCUAUUACUAGCUGCCGAACCGACUCUAAGAGAAUUAUGACUACAUUGUGGUGUUCAUUCAAUAGUGAAUGAGAACGAAUUCUUUACGAAUUUUGUGUACCUAUGUUUAUAAUUUAAGCUAUCUUAUAUAUAUAUAUAUUUCACCGGUGUGAAAGUUGUUGAUGUUCUAAGAUAGUUUUAAGUAUGUAGGUAUUGUUAAAUCUCACUAAUUUUUACUAAAUUCUAUUUAAUAUAUUUGUAAAUACACUGACUAAAUUUGGAUUUAAUGUGUAUAUAAGAGAAAAAGAAAUUUUUUAUUUAAUAUGAAUUCACCUAAGGUGAUAAAAUACAAAUUGUUGAAAACUUG